AUCGCUGCUGCUUGCACAUGCCCGACGUCUUCGUCAAGUCCUUCUCGCACCUGAAGGAUCGCCCGCAUGCAGACAAAGCACUUCCCCUCCUCCAGAGGAUCGCAUCCCUCGUCAAGCCCAUCAUGCGCAAGCAUAGCUGGGUCUUGCCUGUUCUCUCGGAGUUCUUCCCUGCGGAUGACAAUCUGCUCGACAUAAACCACGGCCAGAAGAUAUUAGUGCGCCUGCGUCCAGCACACGCACCAGACACGUUCUAUGAUGAAGAGGAUAUCCUACAUACCAUGCUUCACGAACUUACGCAUAACGUCCACGGCCCACACGACGAGAAGUUUUACAAGUACCUCUCCGGCCUGGAAGAGGAGCUGGAGGCCCUCCGCAAGUCCGGUUACUCUGGGGAGGGCUUCCAUUCCGCCGGCACCCGCCUCGGUGCCAACGUCUCGCAUGACCUCCCGCCACAUAUCGCCAAGCAGAAGGCCCUAGAGGCGGCCGAGAAACGGCGGCAGAUCAGCGCCAUCCUCGGCGGAGGCGGUCGUAUUGGAGGUGUGGCUCGUACCAACAAAUCGCCUAGAGAGCUCGCUGCAGAGGCUGCGGAACGCAGAGCGCGCGACGAGAAGACAUGUGCUUCGGGCGCGGUCGCGCAAGCUGAGGCCGCCAAGGCUGAACAGGAGUCCGUGCAGGACGAUGUCAUCGACCUGACAGGAGACGACUCGGACUCAUCUCCGGAGCCCGAGAUCAUCAUCAUCGACGACGAACCCGCCUCAACACGGCCGAGUGUAGGCACGAGUGCGAGCGGGUACUCGUCAUCGUCUUCCACCUCCGUCUCCGGAACCUCCUCGGGUAGUCGCACGCCUGCGUCGUGGAGCGGCCUUCGUCCCGGGAGUGCGUUCGAGUCAUCAUCCUCCUCCCUCUCGACCCUCUCCGGCCACUCUGCGGCGACAUCCACCCCCGGAACCCCCGGCACACCCUCCUCGCACCCACCCCUCGUACGACCCACAGUCCGUCGUGUCGAGCGCGGUGCAGGGCCGGGAACACCGACCCUCCCGAAACCGCGCUCCCGCUCGCGCGUCGCGACACACGCGCACACGCUCCUACACUCACCCGCGACGCCCCCUCCAACACGCACAAACUCCAUCGCGAACCCGCACCACCACCACCCUCCGCAUGCGGACGCGCCCGCAGUGGUGCCCCCACUAGAGAAGGCGUGGGCGUGCCCGCGGUGCACGCUGAUCAACGACGCGCUCGCGCUGCAGUGCUCCGCAUGUCUGCUGCUGCGCCCCGGGCUCGCCGACGGGGCAACUGCGUUGGACGCGGCGCUCGCAGCGGUGAGCGGUGCGGGGGAGGGCGCGGCUGCGGCGGUACGGGUGGGGAAGGACGCGGUGGAUGAUAGGGGGACGGGCGCGUGGACGUGCCAUGUGUGUGGCGAGGGCGGGAUGCCGCAUGAUUUCUGGACGUGUAGGUACUGCGGGAGCGUGAAGGUGCGCUCUUGAGUGCUACGUCGCCUCUUGUGCACUGUUACAGACCGGGAGCGGUGACUGGGGCUGCUUGUGCCGCGCCGGCCUUUUCUUCUUGAUUUGGUGUGUGCCGCCCUGGUUAUCGCAUGUAGAUCAUUGCUUGCUGGACCCACAUUGUUUGGGACGGACUUAGGAUGACCAAGCCCUACUCAUAUCUCUUGUAUUAUUCGGACCCUCUGGGUGGUUCUGUGCUUCUAUCUGUACGUUGCUGUAGUUGAGUAUUGGCGUAUCUGGAUGUAGACGGUUCGAAUACCUGACCUCUGUAUACACAUGCUAUUGUCGCUAUUUCAUGGUAUUGACUGAAUA